UGCCUGCAGAUUAUUCGUACGGAUAUGAAAUCGUGUGUMGCUUUAUCCAUCUUCAAAACUACAACCUGACACAAAGUUUCUGUCGCUAUUAGGGCUUGUCCGGACGGGACAGGGAAGUUAGGUUCGGCCCGGGGAGCCGUGUCGAGGCUGGUAAUAUGGGCCUGUUGGCUAGGGUACGGAAAGAAUGGUUUAUUAUCGGUAUAGUGGCAGUAAUCGUGUCGGCGAAACUACAGCCUGCAAUUGGAUUGAAAGGAGGCUGCCGCCAUCUUUAACUCCGCCUUCGGGAGCUUCCUGGGAAUAAUAGUGACACCACUGCUGUUACUACUGUUUCUGGGCUCGUCGUCGUCCGUUCCUUUCUCCGUAUACCCAUGUUAAAGAUCGUGUUUGAGGGGUAUGAGCAUCUCUCUCUGAUCUCCGUCCCUCUCCUCAUCUAUCACCCUGCUCAGAUCCUACUGGGUUCAAUACUGGUCCCCACCAUCAAGAGCUGGAUGAACAGCAGACAAAAGGGAGUGAAGUUGACCGACCUGCAGCCCAUCUGAAGUGUACUCUGUGUCGUAUUACCUACACUUCUCCCCCGUGUGUACACUCAUUCACUCCCCCUUCAUGGGGAGUAUCCUUUAAACUGUGACAGAAGGGACUACUUCCUUCCUCCUACGUAUCUCUCUGGUGGAAGGAUACAUACAGAAACACAAGUGCCUUAUCACAACCACGUGACUCGCAAACACGUAGUCCUGGGCUUAAACGGUUGUGAUGGUUACUAUGACAAAACUUGUAUGAUUAUUCGAUGGUUUACUUUUAUACGAACAUUAGAAGUCUCUAUUUUUGUAUCCCCCAUGAAGAUGGUGUCUACUUCCUGCGAGACAAGAAGUGCUACUGAUCAUCAUCAGGAAGUGAWUUCUGAGACGGCACCGCCUGCCAUGGGCAGACAGAGACUGGCUGGGGACCUUGUCCUCUUUUCUAACUAUUUUUCUGGGGAUGUUACAUUCAGAAGACUCUUUUUCUGACAAUCAGUUUUUAUGGUGUUAAACGAUGACUAGUUUACUGAUAGUUUCUAAUGCUUGUUUAGGCUUUUUGGGGGAGGGGAGAGAGAU